GGCGCCGGCGGAGCAAUGGAAGCGAAGGCGUUUCUGCGGGCAUCGUGCCUUUGCCGCCUGCAGUCGGCGGCGGCGGCGGCGAGAGGCACACCUGGCGGGCUCUGGUUCCGCCGCCGCUGCCUCUUCCCUUCGGGGCCCGGCGUUGCGGGGUCUCGUCCCGUCACAGGGCCUGGAGCCCUCAGCCCUUUCGACCGGCAAAUGAAGCGGAAGCAAAAGAAUUGGGCAGCCGGGCAGCCUCACGCGGAGCGCUGCGAGUACCUGCGGGAAGAGGUUGGUGGUAGGAUGGCCGAUCGUGUGUUUGACAUAAGCAGGACAUUUCCCCUUGCCUUGGACCUUGGGUGUGGGCGAAGCUACAUUGCUCAGCAUUUAAACAAGGAUGUUGUUGAAAGGCUUUUUCAAACAGAUGUGGCUGAAAAUGCUCUGAAGAACACAAUAGAUUCAGAAAUACCAAGAGUCAAUAUCAUAGCGGAUGAAGAAUUUCUUCCUUUCAAAGAAAACACAUUUAAUCUUGUUGUCAGCAGUCUGAGUUUGCAUUGGAUCAAUGAUCUUCCCAAAGCCUUGCAUGAAGUACACCGAGUCCUUAAACCUGAUGGAGUAUUUAUUGGUUCUAUGUUUGGGGGAGACACACUCUUUGAGCUCCGCUGCUCUUUGCAACUAGCAGAACUGGAAAGAGAAGGUGGAUUUUCUCCACAUGUGUCUCCUUUUACAGCUGUGAGCGACCUAGGACAUCUACUGGGAAGAGCUGGCUUCAACACACUGACAGUGGAUUCAGAUGAAAUCCAAGUUAACUAUCCAGGAAUGUUUGAAAUUAUGGCUGAUCUACAAGGUAUGGGAGAAAGUAAUUGCUGUUGGAACAGGAAACCUAUGAUACAUAGAGCGACCAUGUUGGCAGCUGCAGCAGUGUAUAAAGAGUUGUAUGGAAAUAAUGAUGGGACAAUACCCGCAACGUUUCAGAUAUAUUAUAUGAUAGGAUGGAAAUUCCAUAAAUCACAGGCACAACCAGCAGAGAGAGGUUCUGCAACAGCAUCAUUUGGAGAUCUGAGAAAAAUAAAUGAACUUAUUUCAGGCAAAAAAAACACUUCGACAUGAAAUAUAGUAAUACAAAUUGUACAUAGCCUGUUGGAUAUUUAACAGUUAUCAUUUAACAUUGACAAACAACAUUAUUUUCCCCAAAACUACUUCGGUGUCUAGGACAAAAAGGGGGCCUAUAUUCCUGUUUACCAUGCAGUGGCUGUAUUUUUAUAUGCAAAUAGUAGUAGCAAAAUUGCCAAUUUGAUCUGGGUACAUCCAGAGAAAUGAUAGUGUGUAUUUCUGUACACAUAUUACUUGCCUAUGUGAAAAUAUGAGAGGUUUGGCUAUUCAAUAAAAGAAUAAAUGAAUGAUGGAGAGGAGACUUGGAUAGUUGCUCCUACGAGUCCUGGAAGGUCAAUUCUUUCUGCUGCAAUGCUUGCACCCUCUGUGAGAUAAUGUGCCCUCUGUUAUCUAGUGGGCUGUUUGAUGAAAGCCAUGUAAUUCCACUAUGCCAGGCCACAUCCUUGUAGGACUUAAAUUGUUGGCCAGGAUCCCAAGGCUCAUCAGUGAAGAGCUGAGAUGAAAUGUAAAUGGUAUACAGUAGGCUAUGCUAAGAAUAAAGGAAUAGUGGGCUUCUAUUUGUAUGUUUAUCCCAUAGGUAACUAUCACAAUGACACCACAUGCAUUAUCAUAUCAUUAGAGAAAUGUAUCAUUGCACAAUGACAUGUUAAUUUGAGCCACUUGUAGAAUAUGAUGCAGAGGCAUUUCCCCACCUUGCCACCCCAAGGUGUCAACCAAAAUAAUAAAGAUCCAGAUGUUUUCUUGGUUGCAACCAUUUUCUUUCAGAAUAAAUUUCUCAACUAUCUAGAAUAAAAGAGUUUUUUAUGCUGCAUUAGACAGUUAUAUCAGGCAUGCAUGCUGACUUGUAGCAACAUUAUUCAAAGAUCUAUCACUAUUUAUUUUAGCUUUUGCAUUUGUUAAAAUUGUUAUUUUUUUCCAGUAAAAAUAUCAUAAACCACAAUACUUGGAUUGCAAUAUUAUGGCUUCAAUGGUUUUGCAGAACUGCUACAUUUAAUUCCCCCUACUAUAUAUACAUGCAUGUGUGCCUGUUGUGUAUAAAAUAAAUCUUACGCUUCCACAUUUAACUGAACCGUAGUUUACCAGAAUUAACUCCACAUAUGAUCUACAAAUAAACCAGUCACAUGUUAGCCUAUUAUGUUGUGAGAAUCCAGCCCAGGUGGGGAGGGAUAAUUUGGAAGAGUUAAUCAACUGACCUAUAUACUACCAAAACUCUUGUGUCUGUAUCCUUUAACUGGGCGAAACAGUGCAUCAUAGAGCAACAAUUUUU